GUAACAACUCUCAGAGGAGCAUUGCCCGUCAGACAGCAACUCAGCGAAUAACCAGAGAACAACCAGCAUUUCUUGCACUACAACUUGCUUAAGCUCUUACACUUCAUAGUGAAGCUAUGCAUCACCAAACGAAGCAAUGUGGAACACUGGAAAGGGUGGGCUUCCUUAGGCAGACCUGGGCUUGAAUCCCUGCUCCACUACCUACCAGCUGUGUGACGUUAUACAAGUUACUUAAUGUCUCUGGGCAUCAGGAUAUAAUCUAUAAGAUAGGGAGAAUCACCUCUACCUCAUACAGAUUCUGUAAAGAUUAAAUGAGGAGCGGAGAUUGAAACAAUGGAGGACCUUUGUGUAGCAAACACACUCUUUGCCCUCAAUUUAUUCAAGCAUCUGGCAAACGCAAGCCCCACCCAGAACCUCUUCUUCUCCCCAUGGAGCAUCUCGUCCACCAUGGCCAUGGUCUACAUGGGCUCCAGGGGCAGCACCCAAGACCAGAUGGCCAAGGUGCUUCAGUUUAAUGAAGUGGGAGCCAAUGCAGUUACCCCUUUGAUUCCAGAGAACUCGACCAGCUGUGGGUUCAUGCAGCAGAUCCAGAAGGGUACUUAUCCUGAUGCGAUUUUGCAGGCACAAGCUGCAGAUAAAAUCCAUUCAUCCUUCCGCUCUCUCAGCUCUGCAAUCAAUGCAUCCACAGGGGAUUAUUUACUGGAAAGUGUCAAUAAACUGUUUGGUGAGAAGUCUGCGAGCUUCAGGGAAGAAUAUAUUCGACUCUGUCAGAAAUAUUACUCCUCAGAACCCCAGGCAGUAGACUUCCUAGAAUAUGCAGAAGAAGCCAGAAAAAAGAUUAAUUCCUGGGUCAAGACUCAAACCCAAGGCAAGAUCCUAAACUUGUUACCUGAAGGUUCUGUAGAUGGGGAUACCAGGAUGGUCCUGGUGAAUGCUGUCUACUUCAAAGGAAAGUGGAAAACUCCAUUUGAGAAGAAACUAAAUGGGCUUUAUCCUUUCCGUGUGAACUCGACUCAGCACACACCUGUACAGAUGAUGUACUUGCGUGAAAAGCUAAACAUUGGAUACAUAGAAAACCUGAAGGCUCAGAUUCUAGAACUCCCAUAUGCUGGAGAUGUUAGCAUGUUCCUGUUGCUUCCAGAUGAAAUUGCCGAUGUGUCCACUGGCUUGGAACUGCUGGAAAGUGAAAUAACCUAUGACAAACUCAACAAGUGGACCAGCAAAGACAAAAUGGUUGAAGAUGAUGUUGAGUUAAAAGUUUCCCAACUCUUCAGCCACAAUCUCUUACUACAGGAGCAAAUUGCCAAUUCUGCUCCAGUGGAAGAAAACCAGGUUUCCUCAAUGGACACUCUAGCAACAUCAAUCAACCAGUUUGCCUUGGAGUUGAGCAAAAAGCUAGCUGAAUCUGCUCAGGGUAAAAAUAUUUUCUUUUCUUCCUGGAGCAUCUCAACUUCCUUGGCCAUGGUGUAUUUGGGCACAAAAGGCACCACUGCAGCCCAAAUGGCCCAGGUGCUUCAAUUUAACAGAGACCAGGGAGUCAAAUCCAGCCCUGAAAGUGAAAAAAAAAGGAAAAUGGAAUUCAACUUGAGCAACUCGGAAGAAAUACACUCUGAUUUCCAUACGCUUAUCUCAGAAAUCCUCAAGCCCAACGAUGACUACCUACUUAAAACAGCCAAUGCGAUAUAUGGUGAGAAAACGUAUCCAUUUCACAAUAAAUAUUUAGAAGACAUGAAAACAUAUUUUGGUGCAGAGCCUCAGUCUGUUAACUUUGUGGAAGCUUCUGACCAAAUCAGAAAGGAGAUCAACUCUUGGGUUGAAAGACAGACCGAGGGUAAAAUCCAGAAUCUCCUACCCGAUGACUCUGUGGAUUCCACAACCAGGAUGAUUCUGGUGAACGCCCUGUACUUUAAAGGAAUCUGGGAACAUCAAUUCUUAGUGCAAAACACCACAGAAAAGCCUUUUAGAAUAAACGAGACUACAAGCAAACCAGUGCAAAUGAUGUUUAUGAAAAAAAAGCUUCAAAUUUUUCACAUAGAAAAGCCACAAGCAGUGGGCCUUCAACUCUACUACAAAAGCCGUGACCUCAGCCUGCUUAUCCUACUGCCAGAAGACAUUAAUGGGCUGGUACAGCUGGAAAAGGACAUCACCUAUGAGAAGCUGAAUGAGUGGACCAGUGCAGACAUGAUGGAGUUGUAUGAAGUGCAGCUACACCUUCCCAAGUUCAAGUUGGAAGACAGUUAUGAUCUCAAGUCAACCCUGAGCAGUAUGGGGAUGAGUGAUGCUUUCAGCCAGAGCAAAGCUGAUUUCUCAGGAAUGUCUUCAGCGAGAAACCUAUUUUUAUCCAAUGUUUUCCAUAAGGCUUUUGUGGAAAUAAAUGAACAAGGUACUGAAGCCGCAGCUGGCACUGGGAGUGAGAUAGAGUCACGAAUUAGAGUCCCAUCCAUCGAAUUCAAUGCAAAUCACCCAUUCCUCUUCUUCAUCAGGCACAAUAAAACCAACAGCAUUCUUUUUUAUGGAAGAUUAUGCUCUCCCUAAAUCCCACGUAUCUCUCA